AUGUCCUUGCUCAAGAAAUCGGCAUCUUUGUGGCGGUCUGGCUUGCAUUUGAACACCGUCUUCGAAGAACAAGUGAUGAUUUCUCCCCUCCCCGUACAUUAUUCACUACCAUUGUCAUUGUCCAGCAUGAAGUGUGGUCUUUUAUGGAUGUCGGCACAUGGCAAUCUCUUCAUUAGGGACUAUAACACAAAUACCAACCUUUCUCGAACAUGGGCCUUACAUAGCUUAUCCUCUCAGCGCCAACCGGAAAAUCUUACUAUCGACCCUCUGCAAGACCUUGUGGUCACAGUCUCCUCGCCUGAUGUUGUAACCGUGACCGACGCCGAACAAGAUCACCGUGCCUUUUGGGUGGAGUGUUGGUCAGCUUCAUCCCACCGUCCCCAUCCGGACUCUGUCUGCGCUUCCUUAGAGUGCAAACAUACUUUUGAUGUCCCUGGCGGGUACUAUGUUCAUUUUAUUGGAGAGCCUGCAAUCUGCGGUGAUCAUAUAUUUGUCUACUAUGACAUACAGCACCGUGGUACAAUUGCUGUGUCGUUCAUCAAAGUCAUUGAUUGGAGGAGGGGACAUGUAAAGAGUCAGCACAACCGCUCGCACAGAUCUUACGCCCGGCUAUGUGCCCUCUCUGGAGUCACAAUCAUUGUCUUAGAGCUCCUCUCAUACCCGCGCACGACGUCUGUCUUUCUAGGCAUUGAUACGGUGAUUUUCCCGGGAAUGGCCCUGCAAUCAGAGACGCAUGUCGAGAUUCCCUGGUCCGACUGGGGACCCCAGCAUACGUGCUGCUUUCCGCAUGAGCGCAGCCACAAAAUCAGCGUGUUCGGUAGCAGAAUGGCAUAUACCCCUGAAGCUGGACAAAGACUGGAAAAACUCUCCCCUCAGGAUCACUUCUACGUCCAUAUCUGGGACUUCAAUAAACGAGCGAUUGCUCGUUUGGAGAAUUUCUACAAUCCCGACUCACCAGGCCUACUCAUUCGUAAACCUGGUAGGGUAACUCAGUCGUGCUUUGAUGAAGAAAUCAUCUCGAAUCACCCUUACACUGCUACCGUCUGCCGUACUCGAUUUUUGAUGGGUGGCUUGCUCAAAUUAUUCUUAGAACAGGAUCGACUUAUCUUGACCUCGCGGACUGGUACUGGUACAGUCGAUAUUCAAGUCGUCUCCCCUGUAUAG